AUCAGCAUGAGCAGCGCCACUAUAUCUUUAAAAGCUAUAUUGUCUCUUCUAUCGGCAGUGCAAAAUCUAUCCCACAUAGACAUAUACGGCGGCGUCAAAAGAACCAUCGUAGAAUGAAGCCUUUAUUUCAGUCUGUUUUUUUAAAUUUCUGCGUUCUCUAGCUCUUUGCAAUUCACAUCUCCGACAAACUGUAUUGACACCGCUCCUUCCAAAUUUGUACUGUGCUACAUCAAAAAUAACCAAGCUCCAUUAUCUAUGAAACUAACCUUAUUUUCAAUAUUAUCGGACCUAGCGAUUCGGCUUUGCUCUGUUAUAUUUUAAAAUAUUUAAUUAAGUAUAAUGUUGGUAACGAGAAUUUUAAAUACGUCAGUGACUACAAAAUUCGCCAAAAAUGUUCAAAUUUUUACACGGCACAUGGCAACUGGCAACAUUCAACAGGAACCUCCAAGAUUAGAAAAAACUAUAAAUAAUGUGCAACUUUUGGGUAGGGUCGGUGCAGAUCCACAGAGAAAAGGUAAUGAUGAGCACCCUGUUGCUGUGUUUUCAUUAGCUACUCAUACAAAUUACCGUUAUGAAUCUGGCGAAUUUCUGCAAAGGACUGAAUGGCAUAGAAUUGUGUGCUUUAAACCAGGUAUAAGAGAAUCAGUUCUAAAUUACUUAAAAAAAGGACAAAGAGUCUAUGUGUCUGGACGAAUCACCUAUGGAGAGAUACGCGAUGGAGAUGGAACACCAAAAGCAACCACUGCUGUAGCUGCUGAUGAUGUUAUAUUUUUCCAAAGUAGUGAUAAUAACAAAUAACUAAAACUUUAACUUUUUCAUAUUUCAUAAGUUUAGUUUUAAGAUUUAAAUAUAAAAUUAAGGAAAAUUCAUUUCAUCAAAUAAGAAUGAUUUAAAAUUAAUCCCAACAGUUGAAUGCUUUUUUUAUUUAAUCACCAAAUAAUAACAAUGAUAAUAAUCUGCGUAAUAUAUUGAAAAUUGAUUUUAAAAAAAUAAUAUCAAUUUAUGUCAAAGCUUACUUUAUUAAUUUACAAUAUAAGACCACAAAAAUUAGACACAGUCUAAACAUAAGCUUUACAUUGGGCAAGAAAACCCUAGAUUUUGUGAAUAUGCUUUUAUAUAACAACAGUACAAAAAUUUAAUAAGACAAUGCUAUACAAAAUUACACAAACAUGCAUCAAUUUAAAAAGCCAUUGAUUACUUUGAACAGAACAACUUGUGUGUGUCACACAAUUGAUACAGAGGGAGGCAGCAGAUAUUUUUAUAGUGUGUACAGUAAAUAAAAUAUUAUGUUAGGGUAAUAGCACCAGAAGCUAAGAUAAUUCAGGUGAAAUUCUAAAUAAAUGUAAAACUUAAUAUUAUUUUUAAAACGUUUUGUAAUUAAGUGAAUUAAGCUUUAAGAAUUGAAGGUCAUAUAUCGCAUAUCUUUAUAAGAUUCUUGUAUUUAUUUCAUAACAACAAAUAGGCAGAUAUCUGAAAAAAAAGAGAUGGAAACAUGGAAACUAAAGUAACAUAAUGAAUGAUUUACCUGUUCAGACCUGAUCAACCACUGGUUAAUUAUAAGAUGUUUGUGAUGAAGAAAGUAAAACAAUUAGCAAUAACAAAGCAUUUAAUUACAAAAAUCAAUCAAGAGAAUCACCUACUGCUGGUACAACCUCCCUUCUAACUAAAUCCUUAUACUACCGUAAAAUAUAUUUUUUUGAAAAUUAUAGUUUGAUAUGUAGGGAAAGGGCAAUUGGGAAAAAUAAGUUGUACACAUAUAUUUUCAAAAUGAAAUGUUUUUUUAAGUAUGCGCUUCAACAUAAGUUGUCAGAAGGAAAUUAAAUUUUGCUAUUUUGUUAGUUUUAGUUUUCACAAAAGUUUGCGCUGCGAAACUUUAACGAAAAGACAGUAUUAUAAACGAAAAUCUGUAUUUCUGCUAUCACAAAAGUUUGUAAAGUAUAGGCCCAUUAAAACAAGUAUUUUUUAAAAAUAAUUGGAGUGCAUAAUAAUGUGUAAUGUCACAUUUAACAUAUUUUAAUAUAUGUAUAAUUUAAAUUAACAAUUUGUGGAGAUUCAAGUAAAAAAAGUAUUACUAUGUGUUCAUGAACCUCACCGAUUUUUAAAGAAACCCGAGCAUAUACAAUAUGUAAAAAAGGAAAGUUGCUCCCCUACCAAGUUAAAAAAUGUAUUACUUUUUACAGUCCAGUACCAAAUUUCAAAUCAAUCUAGAGCGCCUAGACCUUGAUGGCGAUGGUGGAACUAAAAUAUUACUUCAAUAGGCGUUUCAAUCGGUUUGAACUAUUUUAUAAAAUUCAGACAAAACAUGUGACUGAUGAAAAUAAAUGAACAGGUUCAUGAACAAAUAAUUCACACUGUGGAUAUAAAUCUGCCAACUCAACAAGUUCUUAAAAAAAUAAUUCAAUUUAAUAUUCGAAACUAGCCCUUGAAACAAUUUAAAAUUGCAUUUACAUUAACUAUCACAUUCGAAUUUCUAAUAAUUAUAAUAUGUAGUAUCUAAGAACCGAUGGUAUCUCUUUAAAAUUUAGUACAAAAAACAUGAUCAAAUACAUGUUUGUCUUUAAUCCAGAGAACAAAAUUAAAACAAAUUAAAAAUAAAUUAUCAACCUAUCAUGCAAUUCAUUCAUUCAGGAAAUUAACAGCAAAAUUCCAAACACACGUUGCUUUCUAACGAUAGCCCUACCUGGUUUUACAAAUAAUUGUUUAAAAUAUUACCCAAACGUUGUUUCCCGACGAAAUAAUCCAGUAAACAAUAAUUUCCCAAAAUUUAUUCUAUAAUUUUGCCAAAGCCUAAUAAAUCAUUUAACAACAAACAAAACAGACAAAACCAAGGUAUCAAAUUCAACAUAAUACUCAAAUUACACUAUCAGUGCAUUGAAACUAAACGCUAAAACUCCUUAAGA